AUGGACCGGUACCCCUGCAUCAACAGAUACAAGCACGGCGUUGAUUGCCCGGGCUGGGUCAAUGUCCAUGGUGCUCGUUGCGAAGACUGUGUGGUUUAUAACCGAUAA